AUGGAUAUUAGUGAAGCAUUUCGACCUGAAGAUCUUCAAAAAACUGAUUUUUUUGAUUUUGUGUCAGCACCACCGGAACAAGAAAACAGUUUAACUACUCAGACCGUCAAUAGCAGCAAUAAUUUCCAUAACGACCAACCAUUACAAGGUUUUGAUCAAGUAAGUGCUUUUAGACUAGUUUCCUAUGUGUAA